CCACUGCCACUGCCACUCAACCACCACCCCACCCACGGGCUUCGCUAUACCCACCCCCGCACCGACGCCACUACCUAACUCCCGCCACGAACCAUAACCCUAGUCCUGAACCGCAUUCAUUCACGCGCAUCCGAACCCAUGGACGCCGCCGGAUCGGCGGAGCGCCGCCCCGGGCCUCCGCCGCCGCCGCCGCGGAAGGCCGCCCCCGGUCAGCCAUGGUCCCACAUCGAGACUGCCCACCUGAUCGACUCCUACGAGGAGCGAUGGUACGCCUUGAAGCGCGGCCAGCUCAAGGCACAUCAGUGGGAGGAUGUUGCCGCCACCGUCGCGGCCCGCUGCGGCCUCGACGAGCCCUCCAAGACCGGCACCCAGUGCCGCCACAAGAUCGAGAAGCUCCGCAAACGGUACCGCGCCGAGCGUCUCCGCCCCGUGCCCUCCGCCUGGCCCUUCUUCGGCCGCAUGGACCGCAUGGAGCGCGGGCCCCUUCCCCUCUCCAUCCGACCCCCGGGUCGCCCGCCUCCCUCCUCCGCCCUCUCCACCGACGAGGACGACGCCGACGAAGCCGACGACAACGACGACGAGGGCGAAAGGGCGGGGAGCAACACUCGGAGCAUCAACGGGAUCCUUCGGGAGCCCAAUUGGGGGCCAUCUAAAGUUCGCAGGAAUCACGUCCUCCCCAAAAGGAGAAAUUUUGAGGUGGAGGAAGGGGACUCCGAGCAGGAAGAAUCGGAGGGGGAGGGCGCAAGCGGUGUGGAGGCCAUGUCGCAGCUGGCGGCAGCUGUGAGGGGGUUCAGCGACACCUUGGUGCGGAUGGAGAAGAGGAGGAUGGAGCUGAUGAGGGAGAUGGAGAGAGAUUGGAUGGAGAUGGAGACGAAGAGGGCCGAGAUGUUGAGGGAGUCGCAGCGGUGCCUCUUGGACAUGAUCGCCGACGCUUUCCCUUCAUCCAAGAAGGCCAAGAAGUCUGGGAAUUUAUAAGCUACUGCCGCAAAAGGUCAUGCAACCUCAUGCUCUUGUCCUUUGUUCUUUCUUACCACUCUAUUAACAACCACCAUAUCUCAGAUGAUGAUAUGUAAUUUAGUGGGCCUUUCCCUCUCUAUUUAUUUAUUUUUAUGCCCAUUUAAUUGCUUUCAUUUUUCUCCUACGCACAUCUGUAGGUGGGAACUGCAAGGAUCGGGUAACAGUAUGCUGUUGUUGAAUAUAAAGAUCAUAAGUUUUAGCAUCUUAAUAGUCAAUGGUAGUUUGCUUGCUAAAGUUCUGAUUGGUUUGAGUUGCCACAAAAAAGUUUGCCCCUUUUUUGCAUGCUAUAUAGUAUACAUCAAGCAAGAGUCAUCAUAUUGUUAAUACUCCAAAAGAUUCUUUGGUCAAGGUACUGAAAAGGAUGGAUAAUUAUAGGAAUUUAUUCACCAUAAGGUUAGAUAUGUUUUUCUUUUUAUGGCAAGCAUGAAGGAAUGGAUACUGGAGAAAUAAGUUGACAUAACUCAAUGGAACAGUGGUAGAUAUGCUUUGCUAUUGUAUAGGCGGUCGACAUUGAUAGGUUUGAAUUCUGUCACUUAACAUUACCUCACCAACUUAAACUGUUACUCUUCACUAGUGAUUACUAUGCUUCUGGAGGCCAAUGCCACUAAGAUAAAUCAGUGUUUUCAUGCGUCCUUGAAGAUACGGCAUUGAGCACUAUAUGUUUGGGUUACAAAGGCAGUUGUAUCACAUUCACGGUACAUAUUACGAUGCCAUGGUUUAAUUAAUUUUCAUGUAUAUACAAACAUAUCAGAAAAGUCAUAAUGUUCUAGGCCUCUGAUGCAGUUGUGUUUUGCAGUCGUUUUCAUGAUCACACUUGAUGGAAUGGCCUAGAAUACUUGGCUCAUGUUAAUAGUAAUUUAGGUUUCGUAUGUUGUUUAUCUAACAGAAAGACUUCGAAUGUUUGUCAUGUAUAUAUUAUGUCGUCCGCGAUGGAAUUGAUUCUUACUAAACACUUUUCGGCAUAUCUAGAAUAGUUCAAAACAUAUUAGGGUUUUUAUACAAUUUAUGCUUAUUUAUACUUAGGACACCUGUACAAAGCUUCAAUGAAUGAUGGUUAUUCAUUUAUGAGGUUCAUAUAUAAUGAACAUAGUCUUAUGUCAGAGAAAAAUAUAAAAUAUAAUAAUAUUUGAAAUUGUACAUGUCUUACUUGUCAUGUUCAUGUGUGUUGUGUCCUGCUAUAAAAUUUAUCAGACCAGUGUAUUUGUAUCGUGUCAUGGCUAUGAGCAUGCUUCAUAGCUUAUCAUCGUCUAAAACAAAUCAACUUUUCUGUGGUGUAUGACUUGAAUCCAAUGCCGAAAAGGCUGAGAGGCUUUUUUUUUUCUUCUAUUUUUUUAACCGCAGCUUUUGUGUCUAAUGUUGAAGUUUUAGUCUUUUGUACACCAUGGAAGAUACUCUCUAGUCUCUUCAUUGUUUCCACUUGUAGUUGAGGUUUGAAAUUUAGCCUUUCAGUUCUCUUUCGCUUAAUCCUGUAAGAUGGCAUGUGAUGUAAAUAUUCAUAUCUUUGCUAUUUGUAUUUGUUCACUAUGGCCAAUGUGACGUUGUGAUUGAUGCUGUCAUUUGUUCGACUUGAUUAAAUGAGUUAAUUUGUUCAUCUAUAAGCUUUGCUGCUUAUCACAUAUGUGCCCACCGAUGGCCAACUAAUAUUUAUUUCAAAAGGGAAGUCAUAGGUUGUGAUAAAGACACGGGUGGCAAUUGCCAAUUUUUCGCUUUUCGAAUAUAUAUCAUUUUGUUUCCUGUUAUGUUCAUUAGAGCGGCCUCAAGGCAGGCUUAACUGCUAUCAUUUUGAGACUAAAUUGUUUGGCGGAGAAGAAAGCCAAGGUAGUCCGUUUUGCCGAACUAGUGUGUUUAAUGCACCAGAAAAAUUGAUCAAGUUGUUGAAGUGAUCAGAUGAAGUGUUUCAUAAGACGAGAAGAACGCUAUGAUUUUGUUAUGAUUUACUAUUGGCUGAUAGAAUCUUUCCAUACCUUGAAGACCAAGGGGGCAUUGUGUGGUUUGUGAGUGGCAAAGAGAUUUUUCUUAUAAUAUUAACUUAUAGGAUUGCAACCUUUUAGAGCAGUAAUACAUUGUUAGAAGAGCAACUGGUGCCAAAACAAGAUUCAAGAUAUAAAUGGACACUAUUUCUUGAAUGUUUUAGUAGAGUGUCAUGAUCUCAUGAUCUCAUGAUUUGGUAGUUGUGGUUCUUGAAAGUAGAACAAAAGGGAGCCAAGUAGUUCUAUGUGCUACCAAGGUUUUAGUUUCGCUCCGAGAUCUGUACUGGUUCGACCACAAAGAUCGGUAUGGGACUGGCAUGGCACCGGCGUAUCAACACAUGGUACACUGGCAUAUUGGUUGGCACGGACCAAAUAAAAAGAGGGAAAGAAGAGAGGAGGGCUAUUGAUGGUCAACAGUUGUUGAUAGCUAUUUUGGCUAUCGAUAACCCUGCUAUUGACAAUCAACAGCCUGUCAAUAAUCGUCCAGAUUAAAAAAUAAAAAACCGGCUACGAAUGGACCGUGAAAUUGCCUGGUUUGAGUGCUGGUUCCUGGUCAGACCGGUAAAUACCAGUCUGGCUGGUCUUUUGAAUCUUGGUUGCUAUACUUGAAGAACUUUUACUAAUCAAGCUUAUAUAGAAAUCUUAGCAUCCAAAAUUAUAAUCAACAUAGUUACUAAUAUAUCUGAUGCAUAUAAGGAACUUAAUACCAAAUGAGUGUAACUAUGAUGAGUUACUUUCCGCAUGCUUUCUUUUUUUGUUGAAACAAGAAGGAUUUGUGUGGAAAUAACAGUAGAUUAGAACCAAUUAUGGAGUUCUCAACUUCACUGUGGAUAUUAGCAUACAAGUGGUGCUCCAAAAGUCUGUCAUCUCUGCUUAGCUUAUAUGGCAGAUCUUUAAGUUGCUUGUAGCAGGGACAGACUGAUGAAUUGAAGCAGAGGUAUGCCUUCAUAUUACUUGGGCAUUCUUCUGAUCAUCUCUGAGAGUUCAUUGUGUAGUUUUAUGAGUUUAUAUGAUGCUUUGCCUAUUUUCCAUGUGUAUAAGCAUGGGAAGAUGAUGAGGAACUGAUGUCACAGGAAACAUCCAUGACUUGAUAAGAAAAUGUUAGAUGAGAUGCAGAGCUCUACAAGUCUCCUAGGAUUAGACAUACACAAA